AUGAUGUUCCUACAAUCCUCACUCGUGGCCCUGGCCCUCUUCACAUCCUCAUGCAUCGCCAUAUCCAAAAACUUCUACCCUUCCUCAAAACGAGGCCUCAUCUACAUCCCCAACUCCGACUUCCCCCAGGACGAUAAAGUCUGGGUCCAAAAACACUCCGACCUAACAUGGUACUACAACUACAAACCGUACCCCAGCUCCGUCUACGAGAACAUCACUUCCCUCCAGUUCGUCCCCAUGCUCUGGGGCGCCCCCGACGGCUUCGAUGACACUUCCUUUCUAGAAAACGUCACGGCGCAAAUUAUCGGCGGCCGAAACAUCACGUAUGUGAUGGGCUUCAACGAGCCAGAUAACUCAAUGGCCAACGGCGGCAGUGACAUUAAGCCCAAAGACGCAGCGAAGUACUGGAUCAAGCAGCUUGAGCCGUUGAGAAAACUAGGUGUUUCGCUCGGUGCGCCUGGGGUGACGGGUGCGCCGUCGGGGUUUACGUGGCUUGCGGACUUUGUAGAGGCUUGCAAGGGGAACUGCACGUUUGACUUUAUUCCUAUACAUUGGUACGGAAGCUUUGAUGGUAUGGCGAGUCAUAUCGCUGGUGUGCUGGAUGUGUUUCCGGGGAAGAAGAUCUGGGUCACUGAGUUUGCGCUGGACUUUUCGUCUUUGGUUGCGACGCAGGAUUAUUUCCAGACGUCGGUCAAGUAUCUUGACGGAAACAAGUAA